GGAGGCCAGAGCCGGCUCACCGUGAGAGGCCUCGGGCCGCGGAAGCGCCAUGGCGACCAACAUUGAGGAGAUUUUUCGGUCUUUUGUCGUAAAGAAGAUAAAGGAGAUAGAGGAUGAGAAACAGCGGAGUGGAAAAGUAACCAACAGGGCAAAUGGUGAAAUUAAACCAGUAGUGGAGGCAAAGGUUUCUGAAGAUGUUGCUGAUAUCACUGUGGCUGUCCAGAAGGAACCAAUUAUGGAAAACACCCUGCAUAUAUUACAUGGUUUUCAAAAUGAAGAUCCUGAAAGUAAGGAGAGUUUAACUGUGGGCAGUGCAAAAGUGGAAGAAAUUAAAACCCCCACUUUGGAUGACAAAGAAGAUAGCUCACCUCCAGUGAGACGCAAAGAUAAAAAACAUAAACACAAACAUCAUCAUAAGCAUAAAAGUAAAAAGAAGAAGAAAAAGAAGAGGAAAAAGAAAGAAGGAAGGAGAGACCGCUCUCGGUCUCGCUCAGGAUCCCGCCUGAGCCCGAAGCCACAGACUGAGUUGCGCUUACAAUCACAACCUCAUUCGGAGCCACCUUUAAACAAUGAAUGUAGCAGUAUAAAGAGUGAAAAUAUCUCUGUUUUGACAAAAUUAAGCAGAACUGAGUCAAAUAAAAAUACAGUUGAUGAAGUAACUAAUACAAGCAUUGUAGUAACAGUGGGAGUUGGAAAAGAAUGCUCUGUGGCUGAAAAGCCAUUGGUACAGAACCAUUGUGAAAAAAGCCUGCAUGUAAAAGAGAACAUUGUUGCUGACAUAAAUUUUGACAAGGAAGUAGCUAGAAUUGAAAAUAUUUCUGGAUUAUUGGCUCCUGCCUCAGCUGUCGAGCAGAAUCAAGAAUCCAAAUCGGUUUAUAGUAGUGGUUCAGACAAUGUACAGUCAAAAUAUACUCAAACUGUUGAAGAAAAGGAUAAAACUGACAGAGUUGAGGCAAGGAGAACGAAAAGAAGUCGGUCAAGAUCUCACUCAAAGUCAGCAAAACAUCACAAGUCACAAUUACAUUCUCACACUCACCGUUCUGUAAAAAAAUCAUCAAGCGGUAAGCAUCAUCUAUCCCAGAGUUCAUGUUCCAGGAAACAAUCAUCACCAGUUAAACAUCGAUCCAAGUCGACCUCCAGAGAACAGAAGAAGCACACAGAAUCGUCUCCAAAGUCUAAAAGGAAACAGUCUGAUUCUCGCUCAAGAACAAGGAAUGAACAACAGUCAAAAUCAAAAUCUCGGUCUCCAUCAAGGUCACGCCGUAAAUCAAGGUCACGCUCUGCAACAAGGACCAAACAGAAAUCAAAAUCAUUGCAUUGUUCUAGGUCGUGCUCACGGUCAAAACACAGGAGUAGGACUCACUCAGGAUCUCCUGUGAGAUCAAGAUCCAGGGUCACGCGCCCGCACUCUCCAAGACCUAGAUCAAGAUCCGGUGACAGACGAUGUCAUUUAUCAGGUUCAAGACCAUACCGUAGUCGGCUUGUGAGGACACGGAGGUCACCUGAUUGGCGGAGGAGAUCCAGAUCUCCCUUAAGGAGAAAAAGCCCCAGCAGAACACCUGAACGCCUCACAGACCUAGAUAAAGCCCAGUUGCUAGAGAUAGCAAAAGCCAAUGCUGCAGCCAUGUGUGCCAAAGCUGGAAUGCCUUUGCCAGCAAACCUGAAACCUGUUGUGCCCCUUGUUAAAAAUGUGAUCGCCAAAAAAAUAGGUUGUACAUCAAUACAAGAACUCACAGAGAAAUGCAAGAAAAUUGUUGAAAGCAAUGAUAAUGAGUUGGGUAACGAACUUCAUGUCACUGAAGAGGAUGAAUCAGUCAUUAAUCAACCAAUUAAAGUUAAUGAACUGAAAUCCAUUUCUUUCAGCUUAAACAAUGCAACAAUGAACACAGCAGCAAAAACGCAGGUAGCUUUAACUAAGGAGUUUCCAGUCUCCUCUGGCACACAGCACAGGAAGAAAGAGGUGCUGAAUGUUUAUGGUGAGUGGGUUCCCAUGGAAAAGGAGAGCGAAGAAACUGCUGAUGAUGUCUUCACAGAUGUCUGUACUCAGGCAGUGGAUAUCUCUGUAACAAUGACUGAGAGAGCAACAGCUCAGAGACGUCUCGUAAAGAAUCCAUAUGAUGAAGCGGCUAUGUCGAUGAUUCUUCAGACGCAGGAACAGAUUGAUGUGUGGGCCCAGUCAAACUCUUUGCCUGGGCAGUUCACAGGCAGUACUGGGGCUCAAGUCUUGACCUAUGAAAAACUAACAAAUAGCGGUCCUCAAGCUUGGAUCAGGAAGUUUAUGUUCAGUGGUGUAUCCAGUUCACAAACAAGAGAAGCAGUUAUACAAAGAGAAUCUAACUGGAGCCUGAACCUAAAUUGCAGGUACAAAAGCAGGACGGAACCCUGGGCGACUUUGGCUGGGGUUUUUAUCAUUCUCUGCAUGGUUGCCUCUUUCUUUUGUGAGGUUCCUGGAAAAAAACAUGGGAGGAAGCAAUCAGAAGACCAGUUCCUGAAGGCUGCACCUUUAUCCGGAGGAAUGGGAGCACACUUGAUGCAGAAAAUGGGGUGGAGACAAGGAGAAGGGCUGGGGAAAAACAAAAAUGGACCAGUAGAACCUAUAGUCGUUGACUUCAAGAUUGAUCGUAAAGGUCUUGUAGCUGAAGGUGAGAAAACGCAUAAGAAACCUGCAAACUUUGCUACAAUGAAGGAUCUGUCAGGAAAACACCCUGUUUCUGCAUUGAUAGAAAUUUGUAACAAGAGAAAAUGGCCACCACCUGAUUUUCUGAUGGUCCAUGACAGUGGUCCUGAUCAUUGCAAACAUUUUUUGUUUAAGAUUCAAGGGGAUCACCGACAUUUUACAUCGCAUGGGCAGAGAAUACUGAGUGGUUGGGAAAUGGAAGAAGUUAUUGCCAUGGAGAAUGUACACAAAGCCUGGCAGGUGAUGAUCAAUGGCACAGAGUACAAACCCAGCCUACCUAGCCCUAACAAGAAGCAUGCUAAGGCCUCAGCUGCCACCAUUGCACUGCAGGCCCUGGGGCUUGUUACAAAAGAUGGUGGUAAUUCCACCUCAGAUGAUGCUACAUAAAUUAUCUGCCAUUAAAUUGUUCAAUUAUGUAAAUAAAGAUGUUUUAAGUUAGCUAUUAUACAAUUUACUCUUUUUACAAAAGUGAUUAAUUUCCAUUGUACAUUUGUAAG